AGAACAUGCUGCCAAGGACUAUGUGGACCCUUCAAAGGACAUUAGGGGGCCCCUGUUAGCUUAAUACAAGCACACGAAUGACUGGAGACCCCUCUGCCUCUCCUGAUGGACUAUGGGGAAGUCAAGGUCACAUCCCCCAUCACUCCCCCUCCGCCACCCUCCACCCUCCCCCCCUCUCUCAGGGCGUAUAUGAGGGCUGACCGGUCUUUAGUGCAUUUUAACAUCUUCCUCUUCAGCAGACAGCAUCUUCACACCGACUGGCAGCAGCUGGAGGUGGAGUGAAGAUGGUUCUGCACGUCUUGUCGGGCCUGCUGGUUCUACUGAAUCUGUGUUCUGCUCGGCCGCCGCCAGUGACGAACAUGGAGGAAGAGUGGCGCGUGUCCGGCUCGCUGGCCGCCCGGGCAACGCUGCCGUGCCGCUUCUCCACCGCGACGGAACCCACUCCAAGCUCCGCCCUCUUACCGACGACGACCACACCCACUGACGAGUUGCUGAGGGUCAAGUGGACUCGUGUGGAGGCAGGGGAGGAGAGAGUGGUGCUGGUGGCCCAGGGGGGUGUGGUCAAGGUUGGUCAGGACUACGCGGGACGGGUGUCACUGCCCCCCCGCACUUUGGAGCUGGGCCAUGCCUCUCUGGAUCUUGCUGGGCUGAGAGCGAGCGACGCGGGCGAGUACCGCUGCGAGGUCAUGUACGGCAUGGAGGACCGCCACAGCAGUACCAGCCUGCACGUCAGCGGUGUGGUGUUCCACUACCGGGCCAACACCAGUCGAUACACCUUGGACUUCCCCGCGGCGGCGGAGGCGUGUCGCUCUGUCGGUGCCGCCAUGGCGACGCCCCAGCAGUUGACGGCGGCCUUCCUGGACGGUUUUGACCACUGUGACGCCGGCUGGCUGGCGGACCAGACGGUCAGAUAUCCGAUCACAUUACCUCGUCCAGGGUGUGAAGGUGACAUGAAAAGUCGACCUGGAGUGAGAACAUACGGCGUCAGAUCACCUUCAGAGAAAUAUGAUGUCUUUUGCUAUGUAGACAAACUAGACGGCGAGGUCUUCUUCCCCCCGUCCCUCAACACCAAGUUAACCCUCCAGGAGGCCACGGCGGAGUGCCAGAAGCACGACGCCAUAAUGGCGUCACCCGGGCAGCUGUUCGCCGCAUGGAGGGCGGGGCUAAACCGCUGCGACUACGGCUGGCUCUCUGACGGCAGCGUCCGCUACCCCGUCAAUGUCCCCCUCCCCCAGUGUGGGGGGGGCCUGCUUGGGGUCCGGACCCUCUACAAACACGAGGACCAGACGGGAUUCCCAGAGCCCACGGACAAACACGGCGUGUACUGCUUCCAAGCCAAGCUAGAGGAAACAACUGUGAGCAGCUCCUCCCCCCCUCCAACGUCAGCAGACCCUCAGACCGGAGCUGUCACUCAUUCAGGUCAACUUGACUCCGCCCCCUCAGCAGGGACCCCCCUGUCACGUGACAAGGAAGAUGUUUUAGAAACGGGGCUGACCGGGCUCGAGUCGGUACCAGUCAGCGAGGCUGUCUUGUUCCCCACCACGCUGCCCCCGCCCCUCAGCGCCACUCAGGCAGGUUCAGACCGAGGGGAUGGCAGCGGCGAGGCAGGCAGCAGCUAUGACUCUUUUAGCGGCGUCACCCUUGAAUCGGCGCCGACCCCCACCUAUGUUUGGGAGCGGACCGGCUCCACAGCCACCGGGCUGGACAGGACCCCCACUGGCUCUCAAACCCCAAUGCUGAUUUUUCCCGACUUGACCGCCACCACGCCGGAGCCACAACAACCGGCCCUGGUUUUUAAAGAGGACACGCCCCCACUGACUUUUGACCAAUCGGCACUGGCGCUUCCUGCUGAGGGGGGGUCAUCCGCCAAGCCCCCCGUCCAUGUCAUCAUCGUCAACGUGCACGACCGGAACAAAUCAGUGGACGACAUCUUGCAGCUCCUGAACUCGCCUGUGGAUGGCGCCGGCGGCUCCUUAUUCCCUAAAAUCACUGACCUCUCGCAGGCGACCAGCGAGAUCGUGCAGCAGGGCAGCGGCGACGUGGCCCCCCUGGAGCCGUCGCUCAUCAACCUGCCCCCCCCUGUCAGCUUCAUCGACGAGAGACACCAAGUGACCUUUGACACCAGGCUGCCUGAAGAGGCGCGGGGUGACCAGUUUGAGACCGCCUCCCCCAUCACGGUGGAGGGGAACGAGGGGAGCGUGACGCCGUUUGACUACUCCGCCCUGGACGCCAACACAGAGGACGAUCACAUGACCCGCGGGGGUGAGGACAUUUCCUCAUUCAUAACCAAAACAACGCCAAGGACCGCCCUCGUGUCCCCCACCUCGCCUUCGGACCUCCUCCCUGUCCCGGCCCCCGCCAGCAUGUCCGACGCGAGGAAAUACCAGACAGGAAGUCUGACUUAUGAGACGCAAGAAGAGGAGGGGUCAACAUCCGACGAAGACGAGUCGUCGGGUCAGGACCCGGAAACGGAAGAGAUGCCCGACAGCACCCCGGACCCCGGUCGAUCUACCUUAACAGAGGUCCCAAUAGAGUCGCCGGCUGUGGACACGGACACUGCGGGGGGCUCGGGUGGGGAGCAGUUGUCAGGGGAGGAGGUUUCAGAAGAGCGGGGUGGUCUAAUUCCUGGAGAGGUGAUGGUUGUACCAACCAGUGCAGCUGAGAGAGGAACCACCCUGGGCCAAGACCCCCAACAACCCCCACUCACCUCUCAGAGGGACAAAAAUGAGACCACAUGGUUGUUAACGGGGCCAAAAAGACUUUCCACCACUGCGCCCUUACUGCACGCCAACACCCGCUACGUGCCCCAGUGGGCACUGACCCCCACCCCGGACUACGACAAAGUGAUUGAGUCUACACCUCCCAGGCCUGAGAAGACCACAGAGCACCCCGACCCCGGAGAGGCCGGCGCCGACAACGUCUCGGAUGCACGGCCGUGUUCUUCCGGCGUGUGCCAUCACGGCGGCUCGUGCUCCCAGCGAGGGUCAGAGAGCGUUUGUGCGUGUCCACCUGGGUACUCUGGGAGGCGCUGCGAAACAGACGUGGACGAGUGUCAGUCCAACCCUUGUAUGAAUGGCGCCACCUGUGUGGACGAGGUCAACGCCUUCACCUGCCUCUGCCUGCCCAGCUACACAGGACCGCUCUGUCAGCAAGACACGGAGGGGUGCGCCUCAGGCUGGCACAAGUUCCAGUCGCACUGUUACAAGCACUUCACGCAGCGUCGCACCUGGGACGCUGCCGAGAGAGAGUGUCGACUGCAUGGCGCCCACCUGGUCAGCAUCCUGUCCCCCGAGGAGCAGCUCUUUGUCAAUCGUCUGGGCAGCGACUACCAGUGGAUCGGCCUGAACGACAGGAUGUUUGAGAGAGACUUCCGCUGGACAGACGGCAACGCCAUGCAAUACGACCACUGGCGUCCCAACCAGCCCGACAGCUUCUUCCAGUCGGGCGAGGACUGCGUGGUCCUCAUCUGGCACGACGGCGGCCAGUGGAACGACGUGCCGUGCAACUAUCACCUGACCUUCACCUGCAAGAAGGGAACAGUUUCCUGCGGCCCGCCGCCCGCAGUAAGGGACGCACGCGCAUAUGGCGCCUCGAAGCCUCGCUACGAGGUCAACUCUUUGACGCGCUACCACUGCAAUGUCGGCUACGUCCAGAGACACGCCCCCACCAUACGAUGCCGCCCCAACGGCCAAUGGGACGCCCCAAAAGUUACGUGCAUGAGCCCUGCAACCUACCACAAUUGGCUCCCUCUUCACCGCCGCACCGGCGAGGUUCGCUCCGACCUCCACACCCACCAUGCCACGCCUCGCAAUGCCGACCAGAGCUUCCGGAAUCCGCUGCCAAGCCGCGUCCAGAGGGACAAACGCCAUCAGGAACUUCACGUCACGCACUGAGAGGGCGGCGUUGAGCCAGACCUGAACUAUCAUGUGACUUAAGCGCCACUGACCAAGUGAGUGCAACACGCCAUCAUGGCCACGCCUUCAGUGCUUUGUGGGCUUUUAUUUUGGUACCAAAAACUGCUGCCGGUUACCUGCUCCCCGUCGACCCAUCAGGACGUCCCGCCGGGCUCAUCGCCACGGAGACGACCGACUCAUCACUUUAUUCCUUUCAGUUGGUGCUGCUGGUUUGGACUUUGUGUGCACGUUUUUGUACAGUGGAGGUCAAAGUGCUCACAUUGUGAUAUGACAGAAAGUAUAUGAAGCCAUAAGAAUUUAACUUAUUCUACUGUGAUCGCCAUUGAAUUAUUAUAAUGUUGUUGUUUCACAGCGCAACACAGCUGGAACUAUUGUAGUGUUUGGGAAUGUGACUUUUUUUGACCCACUUUUUGUACAAAAGUGACGAAUAAAUGUUUAAUUAAAUAAAAGUUUUAUCUCA